AUGCAGUUCUCAAACCUUGCUACGAUUACUUGCGUCCUCCUCUCCUCUUCAGGCUCCGCCGCUCCCCAGGCCCCAUGGGCAACUACUGCCACUGUUCAACUCUCCAAUGACAAAACUGGCGCAAGUGUCGAUGUCGUCGUCCCUGUUGAUGGACAGAAAUACGCCGUCCAGGAACUUUGGGGUAACACCGCUGUCGCCUCUGAAGGAAUUGUUUCCGCCUCAAGCACCCAGCUUGUUACAUUCGAGCAAACCACUGUCUGCACUUUGACCGAAGAGCCGCUUUUGCAAGUAACAUUGGACGCUAAGACUACCUGGGCUUCGUUGGGCCCUGUGGUGGAUUUGUGUGCCGCCUAUGUGUCAUGUCAAUGUGACCUAGAGUGGUAA